AUGGAAAAUACGGAAAGCGAAACAAGAUUCUGGGGCCGACGAGAACGGAGUAAACACAACGCGAUGGAAAGAAAACGUAGAUUAAUCAUUAAAAAACAAGUGAAAAAGCUAGAGGAAUGUCUACCAAAUAUUAAACCAGUAAAAGGGCGAAGAUUUUCGAGAAUUUUGAUCGUACAGAAAGCAAUUUCGCAUAUUAACGAGAUGAGCGAAGCGAACAGCAGUCUUCAUGAGGAAAAUUUGUUACUUGCUCAUGAAAAUACGGUAUUGCAAAGGCAAAUGAAUGAAUUAAUUGAACAACGAAAACAAACUGGUGAAGUUUCUUCGGAGACAGAGGAAAUAGAGGACUCUAUUUUGGGCAGUUCGGAUUCGGAUGAGACGUCAAGCUUGUUUAAUGAAGCCGUGAAUUUCGAAGAGGGAAUUACUGGAUUUAUGAUGGAUAACAUAACACAGUCCGAAUUUUGGUCGCUCGGCCAAGAACUUGAAUAG